AUGACCUUGCCCGACGUUGAUUCCCUUAAUGGAACAAACUCCCCGCAAAAUAUUCGGAAUAGCGAACAUCAGGCCCAGAACUCCGAUAAAGUUUCUGUGACUAAUGAAGAUGACCAGGACCUCCUGAAGCUUGGCUAUCGCUCUGUCUUGGCUCGAGGAUGGGGUUCAUUCGACAAUUUCGCCUGCUCCUUCUCGGCCUUGAAUUGUGUCGGAGGAAUCCGUGUGCUUUUCUAUAUCGCCCUAAGUGGAGGCGGACCGGCUGCCAUCAUACUGUCCAUCAUCACAGCCGCCUGUCUCGCUGAAGCGUGCUCCAGCUAUCCCGCCGCGGGGUCAAUUUACUACUGGGCCUUCCGAUCCUGGGGAGGGGGUAAAGUCGGCCGUUUCAUCUCGGUCCUCGUUGCGGCAUGGACAUUGGUUGCGUGGACCGCCUUUCUCGCGAGUGAUUCGUUUGGUGUCGCCAACUACCUGAUUUCCGAGAUUGUCGUGUUUGACCCGAAGACGAGCUUCCCAUAUGAAACGGCCGACGUACGAGCGCGCGCCGUGGCAUGGGCUAUCUCACUUCUUUUCCUGGCUAUCGCUACUUCGCUCAAUUUCCUGCCUCCGCGCAUGUACGCCUGGGUGUUCCGAGCGGGUGUGACGGUCAUUACCAUCGAUAUGCUGCUCAACUUCAUAUGGCUUCCCAUCGGCGUCUCUAAGACGUACGGCUUCCAGUCGGCCGAAUACGACUUAACGUCUACAUACAAUGGCGGAGAGACCAGUCCCGGACUGAACUGGGUUCUUUCCUGGUAUUUGGUCGGUAGUUGUCUCGUGGGACAGGAUGUGUCGGCCAAGAAGGCCGCCGCGAAGGGUAUCUACUGGGCAACUGUUGCGUUUGCGCUGUGCGGCUUCCCGAUCAUUAUCUUGUUUCUCUUCUGCAUGCCCCCGAUUGAGACAUUCUACAACACUAGCGCGCCUCAGCCGUUCAUCAAUAUGUACGCGAUGGCGCUCGGACCUCAUGCCCACGUUGUAAUGACCAUUGUCUCGAUGAUCGGAGCAAUUCUCAACACUUCGAUUGCGCUAGUUGCUGUAUCACGACUCGUAUUCGCCGUGGCACGCGAUGGCGUCUUCCCAUUCAGCGACGUGCUAUCGCGUGUGUCGAAGUCGAAGCGGCCUCACAACGCUGUCAUCUUCAUUUCCACCAUUGCCGCACUUCUCUGCACUCAGCUCCCGUCUCAAGUGGCCUUCUCAAGCUUGGUCUCCACUUCGGCUGCGGGUUCCCUCGCAGCAUAUGGUUUGCUUGGAACCGGUCGCGCUUUCAUCACGCGUCAAUCUUUCCGCCCAGGCUUUUGGGAUUUGGGCCGAUUUGGCGUGGUCGCCGCGGUGGUUACUUUCUUGUGGAACGGGUUUGCUUUUGCUGUUCUCUGCGCCCCGGCCUACUCGGAUAGUGCAAUCAACAAGGAUUCCACCUUGUUCAACUACGCGAUUGUGAUUAUGGGUGGUGUUACCAUCAUCGCAAUCGCUGAGUGGUGGCGCAAGUCCCAUGGUAUUUGGUUUGAGCAUAUCAAAUAUGUUGACUCAGAUACCAAAACAAAUCACUCUAUUGGAUGUGAGGAGAAGACGAAUGUCUCGGCCGGUACGACUGCCGUUUGA